CUAGCCCAUAACAAGCGAGCCCUCGUCCAAAUCAGGUUAGCGCCCCAAUUACCCGAUCCCACAAGCAAAGUCACUCAGUUGGACUUCCUCUCUCCAUCCCUCUGUCGACAACCCAUCGCGAUCCUCGCCCAUCGCCCAUCAUCGCUCGUGACCGGCGAGAAGACGAACUUCCAGUUCAUCUUGCGUCUGCUCAACACCAAUGUUGACGGCAAGCAGAAGAUCAUGUACGCGCUGACCCAGAUCAAGGGUGUCGGUCGCCGUUACUCCAACCUGGUCUGCAAGAAGGCCGAUGUCGACCUCACCAAGCGUGCUGGUGAGCUCACCACCGAAGAGCUCGAGCGCAUCGUGACCAUCCUCCAGACCCCUACUCAGUACAAGAUCCCCUCGUGGUUCCUCAACAGACAGCGCGACAUCACCGAUGGCAAGGACACCCAGGUUGUCUCCAACGGUCUCGACUCCAAGCUCCGUGAGGAUCUUGAGCGCCUCAAGAAGAUCCGCUCCCACCGUGGUCUGCGUCACUACUGGGGCCUCCGUGUCCGUGGUCAACACACCAAGACCACUGGUCGUCGCGGUCGCACCGUCGGUGUCAGCAAGAAGAAGGGCUAAAUCAUUCUGUUCGUUUUUUUGCCGGGGGUUCUUGGAGGGAUUCCGUUAUUUCCGGUGUGUUUCUAUGGGCACUCGUGGGACCUUUUCCCCGCUGUCAAAAAAUUGAAAAUGAACCAUACCAAUGAAAUGAACCGAUCUUUUCGAUAUGUGUACUUUGCUCUCGGCCCUAGGUUUUGAUGGGAUCAUCUAUUGUGGAUCAAUUUGCCCACUUUAUGAUCCUGUCUCAAUCCUCGGCCCUCGUAGGGUAGAAUAUCUUGCAAGGCUCCAUGGUAUACUUCGGAGAAUACCUUGCUGUGGGGUAGGAUGUCCUAGACCGUCGGUGUGGGACAAGGCCUAAGCCAUCGAUCAACAACUAUGGGGCACUGAGAUUAAUAUAUCCGUCCAUCUGCGCCUAUCUACGCCUAUCACCACACCCGCACUCAUAUAACUCAUACAUCCAUGGAGGUCUACACUACACUCAAUAUAUGUACAUCA